AUGGCCUACGUAUUCGACGGAUACUCCGAAGCCAGCUCGGGCCGGAACACACCUCGUGGCCAGCAAGGCCCUGGCAGCGCAGGAGGAGGGGGAGGGGGAGGGGGAGGAAGCCGUCAGCAGCGACGUUAUGGGAACGGAGAUAUUCCCGUCGGCGGCCUACCUGGCGGGAUAUACUACGGCACGGGUCGCUUUUACGAGGAGAAUUUGCGUAAUGAGCAACGGCGGCGGCAACAGCAACAACAGCAGCAGCAAGAAGAUAAUCAACAGCGACGGCAACAGGGACAGAAUCAAGGCCAACAGCGGCACGGGCAUGAUCCACAGUGGCAGCAAGGAGAGCAAGGUGAACAGCAUCGAGAUGAUCAACAGGAGCAGCAGCCGCGGUACGCCUAUUCCGGUGGCUUCCGCAACAUGAACGGCAAUGGACCUGAGAAUCCUGAGAAUUAUGGAGUGAGAGAAGCUUCUGACGCUGCUAGGGCGUUUCUUGAGGCGUUGCAGAGAGAUUAUGACCCGCGGAGACAGCAGGAGGCUGAUGCUGGUGGUGGGGGAUUUGGAUUGGGUCCCGGUGGUGGGUAUGGGGAGGUGGGUGAGGAUGACUUUGGGCCGAUCGAGGAGAUUCGGUUUGAGGAUUUGUUUGGAGAUUUGUUUGGAGGCGGAGGAGGGGGUAUGAGCGGCAAUGUAGGAGGCGGUACUGGUGCGUUCGGUCCUCGUCCCGGCCCUGGAUCCGGCCAAGGCCGCAGCGAUCCUGGCCCCGGUUCCCGUCACGAUCACGAGGAAGAUGGUGGCGGCCGCGGCCCCGAACCGGCUCCCGGAUCUGGCAGAAACGGCGGUGCCUCUCAGCCGGGCUACGAACCGCCGCCAGCUCACUAUGGCGGUGGGUGGUACGGUUACGGUCCCGGGACCGGGAGAUCGGCGAGUGGUCGACGGGGAGGCGCUGGGAUGACCUUUGCUGAUUUCUUCGGGCUCUAUCAAAGCUGGCCUGGUCCAGGUGAAGUACAAAGAUGCGAACUAAGCAUGUUUCGGUGUGGUGCCUCGUCCGAGAAAUGUCUGUGGCCAAGGUCUUCCUCUUCAACUGAACACACUCUUUCUGUCAUCGAUAGGCCAGCAGCAGAUACCCUCGCCGUAUCAUGGCUUGAGUUCGUUGGUGAUACAGUACUAUCCGCUUACGGCCGAAAAGAUCAGCCCGUGGCAACAUCCUGCUCCCAACUUGAGUGGGCAAAACAUCUCGAGAUUGGCCUCUUCCCGCGUGGGGACGAGGCGUUUUUUUCCUCGAUUCUGCAACUUGCGAGAGACUUAAGCACGCCUUAUCAUCAAUCUUAUCUUUCAUGCUGCUUGAAAUCGGGCACUUUUCGUCUGGAACUCAUCCACUACCAGUACCUUAAACCACAACCACGCGCCAUGUGUCCCCUCUCUAGUUCUCAAGACGCCCGAGGCUUGACUGCUAGCAAGACUUAUGCAACUGAGAAGAAUUGGAACCGUAUGCAGCCUAUCAUUGCUAAGCUCUAUCGAGACGAGAAUAAGUCCCUAAGAAAAGUAAGGGAAAUUAUGGAAACCCAAUAUCAUUUCAACGCCACAACUAAGAUGUAUAAGUCAAGGUUAAAGACUUGGAAACUAGACAAAAAGCUCAAAGAAGCCGAAGUAGUAGUAAUGCUUCGACAAAAGCAAGACCGCGACGCCGCAGGGAAGUGCUCUCAGUUCUUUAUCCGGGGCCAAGAAGUCAACUGGGACCGGGUAAGGCAGUAUCUGAAGCACAGACCGGACUUACAAGAUACAUCCAGCAUUGAUGUCGUUCGAUGUCUGGAUACGCACAUGGAAAUCACGUGCUCUACACCUUCACCCACCUCAUCAAAGACCGAGAUACCCCCUCGAAUAGAGCCACACUCAGACUUGCGCCUACUUGACGAUUCCAUCAGGAUUAUACAUUCCUACCUUGAUGGGGCAUUCGAAACAGGUUUGGUCGUCAUCGACGGGUGUAUUCUCUACGGGCCAAACGGAAAGCCAGCGCGGCAGAGGGUUCGGAAGUGGCAUGAUGACAUGGCCGACAUCCACGCACUGCUGAGCAGAAAGGAAACGACUGCUGCGUUCCGGCUUCUUAACAAACAACUAGACUCUUUGAAGUAUCUCAUAAGGGAACAGGAUCCUGAGCUACUGUUAUUAACAUUCCACGACAUCUUCGACUUGGAACAUAAACUUUCGGAGGCACUCCUUAUAUUUGUUUGCAGGAUGCAUCAAGCCAUAUUCGGCGAACGGCAUCCCCUCAGCUUGAUAUGGGACAAACUCGUUAGCUUCACUGCAGAGGCCCGCUUACAGGCUGUACUGAGCAUGGCCGCCUCCACCGCGAAGGAGAUGGAGGCUCGAAUGGGGGCCCAAUCGGCAUACGUGGAGGCUCUAGAGUGUCUGCAGGUGGAUGUGCAUAAGCAAAAGGGGCUGGCCUCCAAGGACACCUUCGUGAGUUGA